AUGGUCCACAAGAUUACCAACUUCGUGGGCAGGCGCGUCCGUGCCGCAUACCCUGGCGCUCAUUUGGUUGAGAUCUUCCCGUGGAUGAUGGCCUUCCCGUCUUGGUUGGCGAAAUGGAAGCGAGACGCCGAGUCGUGGUUUAAAAUCGACUCAAAGAUGUUUCGCGACCUUUACAUGAACGCUUCAACGGUCAAAGUUGACGGCCAGGAAGAACACACUUUCUCGACCCUUUUGGCUGAGAAUCAAGAACGUUUGACCUUGAACAACGACGAGGCGUCAUGGCUUUCGGGGGUGUUCUGUGCGGCCGGAACGGAAACGACCGCCGCUGUCUUGGCUUUCUUCAUUCAGGCAAUGGUGUGCUAUCCCGCGGUGCAAGCUCGUGCUCAAGUGGAGAUCGAUCAAGUCUGCACGCCCAGCAACCCCCCUACCUUCGAGGAUGCCGAGCGACUGCCGUACAUCCGUGCGAUCGUGAAAGAGAUACUGAGAUGGAAAGCCGUUGAUCCUGUCGGGCUGCCGCGCCGGGCGACAGAGGAUGACGUAUAUGAUGGUUACUUUAUUCCCAAAGGAAGUAUCAUCAUCGCGAACGUCUGGGGUAUGAACCGCGACCCAGACGUGUACGGCCCAGAUGCUGCAGAAUUCAGACCCGAAAGGCAUCUGACGGAGGACGGCAAAGUCGUGAGGAUACCCCACACCAAGGAAGAAGGUCAUGUCACGUACGGCUUUGGCAGGAGAAUUUGUGCCGGUGUCGGGGUUGCGAACGACUCGCUGUUCAUCGACAUUGCCACUAUCCUAUGGGCCUGCAGGAUUGGGCCCGGUAAAGGCGCCGACGGGAAACCGGUAUAUGUCGACCCGGCCGGUAUCUUGAACACAGGUCUCGAACUGCGACCGCCGCCUUUCCCGUGCUCCAUCACACCCCGAUUCCCAUCGGCCGCGGCCGUUCUGGCCGAAAAGAUGGAUCGGUUCUGA